AUGCACCCCUUUUCCAUCCUCACCCUCGGCAUCUUCGUAGCGGGCUACAUCACCGCGCGGUGGGACCUGGUCACCCGGCUGUACGAACUGGCCGUAUUCGCGUGGAAUCACGGCGUUGUCGGUCGCACGGCCAAGGGCUUUUUGUUGCUGUCUGUGUUUUUCUUUGGCCUGUUUGUGCCGCUGAAUUACCUGGCGUCCAAGGAGUUUAAUCUGCAUCCGCGUGUUGUGCAGCAGGGGAUUUCUGCGAGGGAAGAGCUGCGUCGGAGGGAGAAGCAUGUCAAUAUGCAUGUCGGCGAUGGACUGCUGCGCGUAUUCUGGCCAAAUGACCUGCCUCGCUCGUCGUCGCCGGGCGUGAUUGUGGGCUGGCGGAAUUCGGAUCAUGAUCUUUUUGUCAUCACGGUGCUGGAACAUGUCGAGUCCAAAAACGUCGAAAAUGCCCUGCGAACCGGCAUCCUGUUUCGCAACUGUCCACACCCAAUGGCCCAGCUGUUCUUGCUAUGCGGAAAGUCUGCAAUGCAUGUCCUGGGCUCGACCAACCCUUCCGAAUCGCCAAGCGCAUUCAAUGCGUCCCAUUUGUCGGUAGAGACGAGUCAAUCGCAUAAAAUCCCGCAAAUCUAUUGUCCUCCAGAGGCAAACGUUUCCGUGCAAGUCAUCAUGUUCAAUCGGCCUCAUCCAAGACGCAUGCAAUACAUGUCUUCAGAGCCGAUUUCGCUCGCUCUCGCCGAUAAAGAGACCAGCGAUAAAAAGGGUCGUCCUCUUGUGGGGAUGGACUCGGGCGAGGAGGUCGACAAAGUUCGUUCUAAACAGUUGGUUGAAAAGUUGAAAUGGCAUACCGUGGUUAGACACGUCCCAUCGCAGAAAGAAUUGGCUCUUCCGACGAUUCUCAAUCAGGUCAACUGUGCUUUCGAAGUCGGGGAACUGAUUGAGAAGAAUAGCAAGUUGAUUGGCACGCGUCCCAAGAGAAGCAUGAGCGUGAGCGAACGGGUCGUCGAGUCGGCAACAACGCUGUGGGAUUUUUUUGUGCUGGGGCUUGCCUACGUCCUUUGGCAGUGGCUUUGGCCUGUUGUGACCAGGUUCUUUGUUAUUGGUCUGGUGUGUCAUCGAGCAGUGGCUGAAAUAGUGCUGCGUAUUCUUGAGUGGCGCGCUCGUCCUGAUGCGGCUGCUCUCAAGGACAUAUCUGCCAGCGCACAACAGGUGGACAUUCGAUUACAGCAGUUUUGCUACUGGCCAAUGCAAUACGUCAAGCUUCGCCAACGAAAGGAUAACUGGGAGAGUGUCACGACCAGUCAUCCGGACUAUAUUCGCUUUUAUAACUCUCUGUGGCUAGUUGCAAACGACGUCAUCAUCGGCAUUGCAUUGGGAUCAUACAUUAUCGAUAAUGCGCAAUGGGUGGCUAGCCAGAUAGACUAUAUCAUCACUGACUGGACGGUCGAGGGAUUACGACAAACAAUUUCUUGGCUGAUGGGUUGGCCAGCUGGGCUGAAACUGAACAAUGAGCUGGCAGAUUUUCUCGGAGACCUGUUCCUCUGGGUUAUUGAACACUGGGCUGCAUGUAUUGCCAAUCUACAACCAUACCUACCCAGCUUAAUAUACAUCAUAGGAUGCUCGAGUUUUGCCGGAGCUAGCAUGCCAAUCGCCUUGUUUUCUGAUCUGCUCUCCAUCGUCACGAUACACAUCUACUCCUUUUACAUUGCAUCCGCGCGCAUCUUCAACUGGCAACUGAGCAUUAUCAUGUCGCUUUUCCAUUUAUUCCGUGGGAAAAAAAGAAACGUGCUGCGGAACCGAAUUGACUCGUGCGACUAUGACCUCGAUCAGCUUCUCUUGGGCACGAUUCUUUUCACCGUGCUUUUUUUCUUACUGCCCACUGUCAUUGUCUUUUAUCUUGCAUUCGCAUCUGCGCGGAUGUUGAUUAUCUCGCUCAAGGCAGCUCUUGACACGUGGCUGGCUUUUUUGAAUCAUUUCCCGCUGUUUGCGUUGAUGCUGCGGGUUAAAGACUCGAGGCGCUUGCCAGGUGGCAUUCACUUCAAGCUGCGGGAGGAAGUCAUCAAGUCUUCGUCGAAAGACAAAGGGGAAAUAGAAUCCAUCUCUUAUAUAUACAUGGAUUCUAUUCCCCUCUCACUACGCGCCAUGUUCGACCAAUACUUCCAACUUGGCCAUCGGCUGCGAAGACACUACCUCUCUCCGAGCGUCAUCCUGUGUCUAGUCUCUGGUAAAUUCGUGCCCCCGAUUCAUCGCCGCAAUCUGUAUAGUAUGCAAUACAGCAUGCUGCCUGCCAAUCGUGCCGGUAUGCUGGAGGUAUGGAGCUGGUUGACCGAGAAGAAAACCAGUCAUACGGGCAGUGGUCAUCCAAUGAAUCCUGGUAUCAAAGUUCCUCCAGGUUUUGCAUCGGGUGGUGGUCGUCGAAAUUAUCGAUGA